CGGCGGGCGGCGCGCCCCGGGCUCUGUUUCCCGGGCACUUGCCCGGCUCUGCGCGCUCCUGUCGUCCGCUCCGCCGGCUGACACACGGUAGCGAGGACACCCGACGCUGCUAGCGACAGGCGCAUCCCAGAGGGACGCUGCACUUGGGGACUCCGGCGCGACCGGCUAGAAGAGGAAAGCCAAGCCAGACCGGCCCUCUGGGCUGCUGGCCCAAUGAGCAAGUUCAUCUCUACCAGGCCUCCAAGGGCGUGUGUCUGAAACAGCUUUGAUCUGCUGCCUGUGGGAGAGUGGCCGCCACCCACCUUUCCAGGAUACAUUCGAACUGGAUUUUUAAAUCAUUGUAAGCCAGUGAUGAAUCAGAGGUUACAGAAUGCAAUGUCGAAUAAAAGUCUUCGAAAGAAUUGCUUCAAAUGACCAAAGAAAGAAAAUUGAUCUACCACCUUAAAACCUUGAUCUAGAAGAGCAUACUGCACAUGGUAGGAAGUGAUAACUGGGGAAAUUUAUUUGGCUCUUAAUGCACCUAAAUGAAGGAAUUGUCACUUUGUUCCUCAGAGGGCUUGUACACCUGAGAUUAUUUUAAUAACCCAUAGUUUUAUUAACAUUUUGACAUGAUCACAAACGAGGAGAAACAGCAAUAGCUAAAGCCUGCUCAUUGGUCAAGAUGACUUCUGAAGAAAUGGCAGCUUCUGUUCUCAGACCUGUGACUCAGCGAAAAGUGAUAUCUGCUCAGUCGGCUGUAGAUGAAAGUAAUGAUAAGGUCUCGGACAUCAGUGUUCCAAAGGCGCAUCCUGUCAGGCAGAGCGGGGAGACUUCUCAUACCAUCUCACAACUAACGAAACUUACAGAAGAAUCUUCUGGAAGCAACUUGCCCCAGAUUCUCUCAGUAGCAAGGGAGAAAAUAACGAGUGAUGAGAAUAGUAAUGAAAAGUGCUGGGAGAAAAGCAUACCAGACUCUGUGAAAAACCUUAACAUUAACUGCAACAACAUACUGAAAAACCAUCAGCGUUGCCUUCCUCAGAGCCAGUUUUAUGAAACGUGCGAUUCUACCACAGAGGAAAGCCUGUGUUUGGAAACUGGAAUCCCGUCUUCACUGGAAAGAAAGGUGUUCCCUGGAAUUCAACUGGAAAUAGACAGACCUCCCGCGGGCAUUAGUCCAUUAGGAACUCAAUCAGCCAUCAUAGAGACGGGCAGGGCACACCCUGACAGCAACAUGGCGGUAUUUCACUUUCAGUAUGAAGUGGACAGAAGAAUGUCAGACACUUUCUGUCCCCUAUCAGAUAACUUGAUUUUGGAUGAUUGUGGAAACUGUGUACUACCUGCUGUUGGUGGGGAACAAAAGAACAAUUACAUGGCGUAUACUUGUAAACUGAUGGAAUUGGCAAGUAACUGUGACAAUAAGAAUAGGCAGCUGCAGUAUGAUCAUUGUGACCCCUUGAAUGACAAAUACUUGUGCUUUGAAGGCUCUUGCCCGAAGGCCGAUGUAGUAUGCUCAAGUGACACCUUUUGCAGGGAGGAUUUUACUGACAGCCCAUCUGCCAAGACCUUUCUGAGCCAUUUUGAGGACUUCCCUGAUAAUUGUGAAGAUGUAGAAGAAGAUUUAUUCAAAAGCAAGAAGGAGCGGUCCACUUGGUUAGUGAGGAGAUUUUGUAAAAAUGACAGGGAAGUAAAGAAAUCUGUAUAUACUGGGACAAGGGCAAUUGUGAGAACUCUGCCUUCUGGUCACAUUGGGCUGGGGGCUUGGAGUUACGUUGAUCGGAAGAGAACCGGUCUCUUACUGCCUUGUGGGAGAGUCAUGGAACGGCUGUCAACAGUGGUGACUAGGCAAGAUGGGAGCCAGUGUCUGUCCGAAGCCCAGUGGUAUCCGAUCUACAGUGCAGUGAGAAGGGGAGAAGAAACAGAAGAGACAAUUAGAUCUCUUCUCCAUUUCUUCACAAAGCUCCCAGCCUCCGAGACAGCCCAUGAAAGGAUUAGCAUUGGUCCGUGCUUAAAGCAAUGUGCCCAAGACACUGUUUGUGAGUAUCGUGCCACCCUCCAAAGGACUUCCAUAUCUCAGUACAUCACCGGCUCUCUCUUAGAAGCCACCACAUCUUUAGGAGCAAGAAGUAACCUUCUCAAUUCUUUUGGAGGAUCCACCGGACGAAUGAUGCUGAAAGAACGCCAGCCAGGCACCUCUAUGGCCAAUCCCAGUGCCCUCCCUUCAAGUUCAGCUGGGAUCAGCAAGGAGCUGAUUGAUCUGCAGCCCCUCAUCCAGUUCCCAGAGGAAGUUGCCAGCAUCCUGAUGGAACAGGAGCAGAAUAUUUACCGAAGGGUCUUGCCGGUUGACUAUCUUUGCUUCUUGACCCGGGACUUGGGCACCACGGAAUGCCAGAGGUCCCUGCCCUGCCUCAAAGCGUCCAUCUCAGCAUCCAUUCUUACCUCCCAGAACGGAGAGCAUAAUGCCCUUGAAGAUCUUGUGAUGAGGUUUAAUGAGGUGAGCUCCUGGGUGACGUGGCUGAUCCUCACGGCGGGCUCCAUGGAGGAGAAGCGGGAAGUCUUCUCGUAUUUGGUGCACGUGGCCAAAUGCUGCUGGAACAUGGGCAACUACAACGCCGUCAUGGAGUUCUUGGCCGGCCUCAGGUCAAGAAAAGUUUUAAAAAUGUGGCAGUUUAUGGACCAGUCUGACCUGGAGACGAUGAGGAGCCUGAAGGACGCCAUGGCCCAGCAUGAAUCUUCCUGCGAGUACAGGAAGGUGGUGACUCGGGCGCUGCACAUCCCCGGCUGUAAGGUGGUUCCGUUCUGCGGGGUGUUUCUGAAGGAGCUCUGUGAGGUGCUUGACGGAGCCUCCGGCCUCAUGAAGCUUUGCCCGAGGUACAAUUCCCAAGAAGAAACUCUAGAGUUUGUAGCCGAUUACAGUGGACAAGAUAAUUUCUUACAACGAGUGGGACAGAAUGGCUUAAAGAAUUCAGAGAAGGAGUCCACCGUCAACAGCAUCUUUCAGAUCAUCAGGAGCUGCAGUCGAAGUCUGGAGACAGAGGAGGAGGACAGCUCCAGUGAAGGGAACAGCUCUAGGAAAAAUUCCUUGAAGGAUAAAGCCCGAUGGCAGUUUAUAAUUGGAGAUCUGUUGGAUUCUGAAAAUGACAUCUUUGAGCAGCCCCAAGAAUGGGACCCUCACGCAUCAGAAGAGCCACAGAAGGCCUUUGACCAUGGGACAGAGCUCAUCCCGUGGUACGCGCUGUCCAUCCAAGCUGAUGUGCACCAGUUCCUGCUGCAGGGGGCCACGGUCAUCCACUAUGACCAGGACAUGCACCUCUCUGCCCGCUGCUUCCUCCAGCUUCAGCCUGACAAUAGCACCUUGACCUGGAUAAAGCCCACCACUGCUUCCCUAGCCAGUGCUAAAGCAAAACUUGGUGUGCUUAGUAACACAUCCGAGCCUGGCAAAUUCCCAUUACUGGGCAAUGCUGGAUUAAGUGGCCUGGCAGAGGGGGUCUUGGAUCUGUUUUCAGCAAAGGCUGUGUACAUGGGACACCCUAGCAUUGAUAUACACACUGUGUGUGUCCAGAACAAACUGAGUAACAUGUCUCUCUCAGAGACUGGAGUGACACUGCUCUACGGGCUUCAGACCACGGACAAUAGGUUAUUGCACUUUGUGGCACCAAAGCACACAGCUAAAAUGCUCUUCAGUGGAUUGUUGGAACUCACUAGAGCUGUGAGAAAGAUGAGGAAGUUCCCUGACCAAAGACAGCAGUGGCUGCGGAAACAGUACGUCAGCCUCUACCAGGAGGAUGGACGAUAUGAAGGCCCAACUUUGGCUCACGCUGUGGAGUUGUUUGGCGGCAGACGAUGGAGUACUCGAAACCCCAGUCCCGGGACAUCAGCAAAGAGUGCUGAGAAGCCCAGCGUGCAGAGAAACAACACCUUGGGUAUAAGCACCACCAAGAAAAAGAAGAAAAUCCUUAUGAGGGGUGAGAGUGGAGAGGCCACCGACGACGAGAUGGCCACCCGCAAAGCCAAAACGCACAAAGAGUGUCGGAGUCGGAGUGGUUCUGAUCCUCAAGACGUUAAUGAACAAGAAGAAUCAGAGGCGAACGCCAUCACAAGCCCUCCUAACCCUCUCCCUUCCAGAAGAGCCCACUCUUUGACCACGGCUGGGUCCCCUAACUUGGCUGCCGGGACGUCAUCUCCCAUCAGGCCAGUGUCCUCCCCUGUGCUGUCUUCUUCAAACAAGAGCCCGUCCAGUGCUUGGAGCAGCAGCAGCUGGCAUGGGCGCAUCAAAGGAGGAAUGAAGGGCUUUCAGAGCUUCAUGGUUUCAGACAGCAGCAUGAGUUUUGUGGAGUUUGUUGAACUGUUCAAAUCAUUCAGUGUGAGGAGCCGCAAGGACCUGAAGGAUCUCUUUGACAUCUACGCCGUACCCUGCGACCGAGCCGGCUCCGAGGCGGCCCCCCUCUACACCAACCUGACCAUUGACGAAAACACCAGCGGUCUUCAGCCUGACCUAGAUUUGCUGACCAGAAAUGUCUCCGAUUUGGGGUUAUUCAUUAAGAGUAAACAGCAGCUGUCCGACAACCAGAGGCAGAUAUCUGAUGCCAUUGCUGCUGCAAGUAUCGUGACAAAUGGCACUGGGGUGGAGAGCACAUCCCUGGGCGUAUUUGGAGUUGGCAUCCUCCAGCUCAAUGACUUCCUAGUGAAUUGCCAAGGAGAACACUACACUUACGAUGAAAUCCUCAGCAUCAUCCAGAAGUUCGAGCCUAGUAUCACUAUGUGUCAUCAGGGCCUAAUGUCGUUUGAAGGAUUUGCAAGGUUUCUGAUGGAUAAAGAUAAUUUUGCCUCGAAAAAUGAUGAGUCGCAGGAGAACAUUAAAGAAUUGCAAUUGCCCCUCUCCUACUAUUACAUUGAAUCUUCACACAAUACCUACCUCACAGGCCAUCAACUCAAAGGAGAAUCCUCAGUAGAACUCUACAGCCAGGUCCUCCUGCAAGGCUGUAGGAGUGUAGAGUUGGACUGCUGGGACGGAGAUGAUGGGAUGCCCAUCAUUUAUCAUGGACACACCCUGACAACCAAGAUCCCCUUCAAGGAAGUGGUUGAAGCCAUCGAUCGCAGUGCCUUUAUCAACUCCGAUCUCCCCAUCAUCAUAUCGAUUGAGAACCACUGUUCAUUGCCUCAGCAACGAAAAAUGGCAGAAAUUUUCAAGACUGUGUUUGGAGAAAAACUGGUGGCUAAAUUCUUAUUUGAGAGUGAUUUCUCAGAUGAUCCAAUGCUUCCCUCACCUGACCAACUCAGGAGGAAAGUGCUUCUCAAAAAUAAGAAGUUAAAAGCCCAUCAGACACCGGUGGAUAUAUUAAAGCAAAAGGCUCAUCAGCUAGCGUCCAUGCAAGCUCAGGCUUAUAAUGGCGGCAGUGCCAACCCUCCACCUGCUAAUAACGAAGAAGAGGAAGAUGAAGAGGACGAAUAUGAUUAUGACUAUGAAUCCCUCUCUGACGACAACAUUCUAGAAGACAGACCUGAAAAUAAAUCAUGUAAUGACAAACUUCAGUUUGAGUAUAAUGAAGAAAUCCCCAAGAGGAUAAAGAAAGCAGAUAACUCUGCUUGCAACAAAGGAAAGGUUUAUGACAUGGAACUGGGAGAAGAAUUUUAUCUUCCUCAGAAUAAAAAGGAAAGCAGACAGAUUGCACCAGAGCUUUCUGACCUUGUCAUCUAUUGCCAAGCAGUAAAGUUUCCAGGCCUGUCAACUCUAAAUGCAUCUGGCUCUAGCAGAGGAAAAGAAAGGAAAAGCAGGAAGUCCAUUUUUGGCAACAAUCCGGGCAGAAUGAGCCCCGGGGAGACAGCAUCAUUUAACAAAACAUCUGGAAAAAAUUCCUGUGAAGGAAUGCGACAGGCCUGGGAGGACUCGCCUUCCUCUGUCAACCCAACCACGUCCCUCAGCGCGAUCAUUAGAACUCCCAAAUGCUACCACAUCUCCUCGCUGAAUGAAAAUGCCGCCAAACGUCUGUGUCGCAGGUAUUCUCAGAAACUGAUCCAGCACACUGCCUGCCAGCUGCUGAGGACGUAUCCGGCUGCCACCCGCAUCGACUCAUCCAACCCCAGCCCCCUCCUCUUCUGGCUCCAUGGGAUACAGCUCGUGGCGCUCAACUACCAGACAGAUGAUCUCCCUUUACAUUUAAAUGCUGCCAUGUUUGAGGCCAACGGUGGCUGUGGUUAUGUUCUGAAACCCCCAGUUCUGUGGGACAAGAACUGUCCCAUGUAUCAGAAGUUUUCUCCCUUGGAAAGAGACCUGGACAACAUGGAGUCUGCCGUCUAUUCUUUAACUAUUGUCUCUGGGCAGAACGUGUGCCCGAGUAACAGCACGGGAAGCCCGUGUAUAGAGGUCGACGUCCUGGGCAUGGCCCUGGAUAGCUGCCACUUCCGCACGAAGCCCAUCCACCGCAAUACUCUGAACCCCAUGUGGAAUGAACAGUUCCUCUUCCGGGUUCACUUUGAAGAUCUCCUAUUUCUUCGUUUUGCCGUCGUGGAGAACAACAGCUCGGUGGUAACUGCUCAGAGAAUCAUCCCCCUCAAGGCUCUAAAGCGAGGAUAUCGACAUCUUCAGCUGCGAAACCUCCACAAUGAAGUCUUGGAAAUCUCUAGUUUAUUCAUAAACAGCAGGAGGAUGGAAGAAAAUUCCUCUGGCAAUACUAUGCCGGCCUCUUUGAUGUUUAAUACAGAAGAAAGAAAAUGUUUGCAGAUUCACAGAGUCACAGUACAUGGGGUCCCAGGUCCAGAGCCCUUUGCUGUUUUCUCCAUAAAUGGAGGCACCAAGGCAAAGCAGCUUCUCCAACAAAGUCUGACCAUUGAUCAAGACACCAAACCUAUUGCCACAGACUAUUUUUUAAUGGAAGAAAAAUAUUUUAUAUCUAAAGAAAAGAAUGAAUGUAGGAAACAACCGUUCCAGAGAGCCAUUGGUCCAGAAGAAGAGAUCAUGCAGAUUUUAAGCAGCUGGUUUCCAGAAGAGGGAUAUGUUGGCAGGAUUGUCUUAAAAACCCAGCAGGAAAACCUGGAAGAGAAGAGCAUCGUUCAAGAUGACAAGGAGAUGAUCUUGAGCUCAGAGGAGGAGAGUUUCUUUGUCCAAGUGCAUGACGUUUCUCCAGAGCAACCGCGAACGGUCAUCAAGGCGCCCCGCAUCAGCACCGCGCAGGACGUCAUUCAGCAGACCUUAUGCAAAGCCAAAUAUUCCUAUAGCAUCUUGAGCAACCCCAACCCGGGUGAUUAUGUGCUUUUGGAAGAGGUGGUGAAAGACACUGCCAACAGGAAGUCUUCUACCCCAAAGUCCUCCCAGCGUGUCCUUUUGGAUCAGGAGUGUGUUUUUCAAGCUCAAAGCAGGUGGAAAGGUGCAGGAAAAUUCAUCCUUAAGCUAAAGGAACAAGUGCAGGCAUCCCGAGAAGACAAAAGAAAAGGCAUCUCUUUUGCAAGCGAACUCAAGAAGCUCACCAAGUCGACUAAACAGCCCCGAGGACUCACGUCAUCUUCUCAGGUCUUGGCCUCAGAAAAUGUCCAAAACAAGGAGGAGAAACCUGUGGGCAGCAUGUCCUCCAGUGACACGAUAGACUAUCGACAGUGAGCAAGGGUAGCACGUUUUACCCAGGUGAAGAUCAUUGGGCAAGAAGUUAUAAAGUCAAGAGUGAACAUGAUGGAAACAGCUAUAACUUCCUUAUUUUCAUUAGACUUAAACUGGAACUUGAUGAUUUCUGAACUUGCGAUAUGAGGUCCACACUGAGGUCAAGCAAAAUGGCACAGCGCUAGCUACCAACCAGUUUCCUGAUGAAGCAAAGAAGCCCAGCAGAUGCCAUUUUACACGUGUCAACAGUUGGAAAAACCAUUGCUAACCUUGCAAUAAGGGUCAACAAACUUUGUAAAGGGCUAGACAGUAAAUAUUUUAGGCCUUAUGGGCCAUAUGGUCUCCACUGCAAUGACUCAACUCAGCUGUAGUGCAAAAGCAGCCAUAGACAAUACGUACGUGAAUGAAUGUGGCUGUGAUCCAAGAAAACUAUAUAAAGACACUGAAAUUGUAAUUUCAUAUAAUUUUCCCAUGUAAUAAAUAUUCCUCUUUUGAUUUUUUAAAAUCAUUUAAAAAUGUAAAAACUAUUCUUAGUUCAAGAGCCACACGAAACCAGGUGGCAGGCUGGAUUUGGCCCAAGGGCCAUAGUUUGCUGACCUGACUUAGAAAACUGGGAACAAGAUGCACAGAGGUAUAUGAAAACAAGCAGGCUAGUUUAGUCAUACAUUUUAUGGCUGAGAAUUGGAAGAUUUUGGGCACUGCAAGUGUAAAUAUGUCCUAUAAGAUUCAUUAAAAAGUAAUUCAAUUUAGUUUCUAUAUUGUGUACCAUUGUGAAUUCUGUAGUAUUUCUUUUUAGCUACAGAAUGAUGUUGGGUUUUUUACGUUCAUUGCUUAUAUAUUCACAGACUUUUGGUUUCCAUAAAAUGAAUUUAGAAUAACAUAUAAUAUCUACUGAGUUGUGACAUCUUAAGAAACUUAACCAUGUUUUUAAAGCAAAAGUAGAUUGAGUUGGUGUUUAUUUAUUUUACUAGGUUUGUACUGACAUUGUACCUAUAUAUUUAUUAUACAUAGCUUUCUUGAUAUUGCUUGCAGAUUAGAAGCGUUAGUGGUUCUAUCUCACUAUUUGAAAACAAAUCUCCUAAAAAGAAAAUGUAUGCUCUGAAUAUCUGAAAUAGGCCAGAAUUCAUGUAACUUGCCAUUUAAUGUAAAUUAUUUUUAAAACCUUGCUGUAUAAAACUAUCAUGUACGUGUAAAGGAUUCUUCUUAUUCUUGGCAUGAAGCAAAUUAUGAUUUUUAAAAUGAAAGGUGUUCUUCCUCUAAGUAAAAUCCAAAUUUUAUCUUUCUAUUGACAUUAAAAUUUAAGACGUUUUUCUUCAAAUUAUAAAACACACUAAAAAUCCUAACCUUUGCUUUGAGAAGUUUUUCACCAUAAAAAAAUGAAUAAAACAAUCCCCAAGUUCUUUGCAUACGCUAACAGAAGUGUUAAAAACACACGGCCCAGCUUUCAUGUUAUUGGAAGUUCUGACUGAGUCAAAGCUUUAAUGCCAGAAGAACUACUGUUUGCUUGUCAACAGAAUUCAGGCUAUUCCAGUUUGAUGUCGUUUGUACAGUGCUACAGGUUUCUUUUUAAAUCAAAUAAUCAGUCUACAACAAACGUACAAUGCUGCCUCAUUUUUUAAAAUAUUCCAGAAACCGUAAUCAAGUUUCUCUAAACUAAGAGGCAUUUUUUCCUCUGGCUGGGCUUACUGUGUCAUAAAAAUUGGGUUACUGGUCUAACUGGCAAGAGUCAAGAUGAAAACUGUGCAGAGUAGCGAGAUGGAAAGCAAGACUGGUCUCACUAGGUUUAUCACUUGACCUUGACUCUAAGCCCUGCAGCACCCCACCCCAUGGCCCUUAGCACAAAAUCUAAAACUUACCUCGAGACUGAAAGGGAGACUAGGUUUUAGCAAGUGAGUGAACCCAACCUCCGGCCUACGCUGCAGCCCAACUUGGUGGUUCAUUUUGAGGUAAAAGGACAUACUCUACUGUAUUUGAGUCUUGGGGACUUUAGAGGGGACUACUCUACUAUUACAGCUAACCAGCACAACCUGGUGUUUGCCAAAAGUAGGAAAUUUUGAUUUAGAGCUUCUCUGAAUUAUACAGUUAUAUUACUAUAGCAAAUGAAAGAAAUUAUCCUAUUUAGAAUGCAUCUAAAAUAGUCACCCACACUAUACCCAUUACUACUUCAUACUUUCCAUACCAUUAAAAAUUUGGGUAGCGAACUUUCAUCAGUAAAGUCGAUAUGGAAAAGAAUCUAAAUAUAUACAAGCUGGCUGAAACCCCCACCAAGUGGGAGAAAUGAAGGGUAUGGUGCCCACAAGCACGCAGACCCCAGACCGGUCGGAACCAGAAGGUUGAUGAUGCCGACUCCCACUUACCUCACCAUCAACCAAUCAGAAUGUCCAUGAGCUGAUGGCGCCUUCUUUGAACCAUUACUAUAAAACUCCUCACUAACCCCUCCAGGUCGGGACACGCAGUUUUGAGGGCAUUAGCCCCCUGUGGCCCCCUUUGCCCGGCAAAGCAAUAAGCUGUUCUUUUCUACUUCACCCAAUAAACGAACAAAUAUGCAAGCUGUAUUUAUUACAAGAUUUUGAAAAAAAAAAUUUUUAAAUGCUUCACUAAAAACAAAGGAGCAUGAAUUCUGUUGGGUGGUGCCACUUUUAAGAUUAUGAUAGCUGGCAAGAAAAGAUAAGAAUAAGAAUAAGAUGUGUGAUGCUGGAAAAAACAGAUUAACUUCCUCUCAGUCACCUCCUCUGUAAUUGUUUCACAAAGAUUAUAUAAGGGUGUGAAGGAGUUGAGAAUAAGUUUGAGGAUAAAUCUGCAGGAAGUAACAACAUUAUUUGGGAAGAAAGUGCCUUCUUAAAGGAACGCCUCUUUUCGUGUCAUCCUUACCAAGUAAAAGUUAUUUAUAAAUUCUCCAGCUGGGGAGAAAUAUGGAGUCUAGACUCAACAAAAGUGAGUCAAAAGUCAAAUUUACUUUCACACAAAGGUCUCCCAUCUUGAUGGCUCUGGAGACACUGGAGGCUCAUUAAAUGAAAGCGGGCCUCCCCUAUGGCUCCGUAUGUACUUUUUUUUAAAACACAUCUUCCCCUUCCUCUGUUCUCUCCCUUUCUAGUAUCUCUGUAGACCUCUCCUCUUCUGCCAGACACCCGCAGGCCUUGCUUAAUUCUGAAAAGUAAUCAGAGCUUGCGUACUGGCCUGGUAAAACUGAAUUAACUAAAACACGAAGCUCCACAACUCUGCUCCCAUGCCAGUAAGGAGGAUUUUCCUGGCUGGUGUCUGAUCUUGAACUUGGCAUAGUGAGAGGCAGCCUACAGGGAAAGAGCUCUCUAGCGGGCUGCCUCGAACACUUUUAGUUGCUUCUCUUAAAUCAGCAGCAAGGCAAGAAGAGGAGAAUACCUGGACCCUCCAAAAAGUUGUUAGAAAAAGAGACUGCCUCUUACACAAAGCCCAAACUUGGGUCAACAUGAUACAGUACAUUGUUAACAAUUUAUAUGUUCUCUGCCAUUUCUUCCUAUCAGCUUCCUAAAUGCAGUCCUUGCAUGAUGGCUAAGGAUUCUGACAGGAAUACCUGAAUGUUUUUGAAAUACUGAAUCUCCAUGAUUACCAAGCUGUUCGUACACAUCUCUUAGAUCCAAAACAUACUAUGCUCAAGUCUGCCAUCCAGCAGGCCUCUGAAACCUUCCCUAUUUCAGAUGAUACAGGUCUCUGAACUUUGAAACAACUCACUCUGACACUGAAUUGGGUAAUGUUGCGUUCAAAAAAAUGUGUGAAUGAUCUGACUCAACAUGCAAGGGCAUGCAAGACUGAGGCUACGUCUUAUGCCUAUUAUUACCCGACUUCACUUUUAAGUGCCUAGCACAGUGCUAAGCACAUAGUAGGUGCUCAAUAUUUAUCUAGUUAAAAAAAUAGAUAUUAAGGCUAUAGUUUAUUAUAGCCUCAGGGUGUGUGUGUAUGUUAUUAUUAAUGACUAUAAUAUUUAGUUCUGAAAAUGAAACUCAUCAGUACAAGGCUACAGAAGUUAGUACACAAAUAUGUUUCAUCCUCAAAUUCAUAUAGGAUAUUCAAAUACAAGAUGUAUAAUUUUAUGGUCCCAUUGUGAUUCUCUAUAUGUGUAACGAAGGUUAAAAGCAUAAUACAAGUGUGAAAUAGUUGAUGAAUUUUUAUUUUA